AUGCUCACCCACAGGACUUUGCGGCACACUAGGUAUCUCAUGUUGGCAGUGUCCGUGCUUAUGGUCUACUACCUUCUCCAACAAACACACGGACAGCUGCUGGUACACAACUUGAUUGUCGAUAAUAACGAUGAUUUGUUGGGAACCCCUAAAUUGGUGAUUCAGCAGCAGCAACCACCGUCUCAAGGUGGGUUAUUUUCGCUUUUCAGUAAAGCCAAUAUGUGUCCUAAUUAUGUGGACUACUCGCAAACACCUCAUGAACCUCGUUCUAAUGGCCCAUUGAAAUUGCCAUUCCAAAGACCCGACAAACCGUGUCGUACUUACCUGUCAAAUUCGGUGGAAAAAAUCAUUGACGAUUUCAAGUUGAGAAUUGCUGAUCCUGACUUGGCGAUGUUGUUUGAAAAUUGUUUGCCAAAUACUUUGGACACCACGAUCUUGUGGCAUCAUAACGCCACCAGAAAGAGCAAUUCAGCAGAACCACCAACCAUGAAGAGACCUCCUUCUCCUCCUCCUCAACGGGAACCCGGUUUGCGAGGGGCAAGUUUUGAUAUGUCAGAAUAUACCCAAUCAUUCAUUGUCACUGGGGAUAUUCAUGCAGAAUGGCUUCGAGACUCUGCUUGGCAGUUAUCGGUGUAUCAACCCCUAGCCAAAUACGACCAAUCACUAAAAGAUUUGAUCACCGGUGCCAUCAACACUCAAGCAAGAUAUAUUGUUUAUGAUCCAUAUUGUAAUGCGUUCCAGCCGCCUCCAGAAUCAGGAAUUGAAAGACAACAAUCAGCGAUCGACAAAGUCUUUCCUCGGCCGAAUUGGGACAAUGUGUUUGAAUGUAAAUGGGAAGUUGAUUCGUUGGCGUCAUUUUUGGCGUUAUCAAACCAAUAUUAUGCGGCCACUGGGGACGCCUCGAUCUUCAAUGAUCUUUGGCAACAAGCCUUUGAGACAAUUUUCCUGGUGAUCAAACGUCAACGAGCCCCAACGUUCAACGCCAACGGGAAUUUACAACCUCCGUAUUACGGUUUUCAAAGAGAUACCAACAUUGGGUCGGAAACUUUACCGUUAUCGGGGACAGGGAACCCGGUGAAUUUUAAUACCAAAUUGAUUAGAUCAGCGUUCAGGCCUUCGGAUGACGCGUGUAUUUUCCAGUUGUUUGUUCCUGGUAACGCAUUUAUGACAUCUGAACUUUUCAAACUUGCUGAAUCUUUUGAAAAUAAACCGGAAUUUCAAUCCAUUCAUUCUCGGGCCACCAAUAUGGCGUUGGCGCUUAAUGAAUCCAUUUACGAGUUCGGGGUGGUCGAUCACCCAGUACACGGGAAAGUGUUUGCUUACGAAAUCGAUGGCUAUAACAGUGCGUUAUUCAUGGACGAUGCCAAUAUUCCGUCGUUAUUAUCGCUUCCUGACCUUGGGUUCAUCGACCGUAAUGAUCCAUUGUAUCAAAACACCAGAAAAAUGGUGCUUGAUAAAAAAUCCAACCCUUAUUGUUUGACCGGUAAGUUCUUUGAAGGAAUCGGGGGUCCUCAUGUUGGGUAUCGUCAUGCUUGGCCAAUGAGUCUUUGUGUGAAAAUCCGUACUAGUGAUGAUGACGAAGAAAUAAAGGCCGAUUUGGCCAUGCUUUUGAGUACCACAGGAUCUUUGGGGUUGAUGCAUGAAGGGGUUAAUGUUCUAGUGGCAGGAGGCACUGAUUACACCAGAUCAUGGUUUUCGUGGUGUAAUUCAGAAUUCGGCAAGACCAUAUUAGAUUUGGCGAAACGGAAACCACAUUUGAUCUUCAAAGAAGAAUAUAAAGAUCAGCCGUAUGUCAUUGAUGAGCAGUUUAAGGGGUUAUAUUUUGAUUAA